CGCAUUUCCGGGAAACGGCUUUUCUUCUUCCGGCACGCGUAAACAUGGCGCCCAUCAUGCCGCUGCUAGCAGUGCGUGGAUCUGAUGGCACGUCUCUGCUCUGUGGUCCUCCAUCAUGUCAGCCGCACUCAGCCUUCACCAGGGACCCGCGGCCCAGCAGGUGUGUCACCUUCAGCAGAGAUGGCACACUGUUCGGAUGGUGCAACGGACACAAUGUCUCUGUGGUCAAAUCUUCAGAUGGCUCCAUCGUGUCGACCUUUGACCUCCCGAAGACGUCUCUGCUGGACUUCUCUCCUCUCAACAAUGUUCUGGUCACCUGGCAACCAUACAGCAAGGCUCAGGACAGCUCUCAGGGUGAAGCGAACCUCCAGCUGUGGGAUGUUCAGAGCAGUCAGCUGAUCAAAGCUCUGUAUCAGAAGAAGGUGGAGUCAUGGUGUCCCAGCUGGUCGGACGACGAGAAGAUCUCAGUGAGGAGCGUUAACAACGAGCUGCACUUCUACGAGAACAAUGACUUCAGUAUGAUCUCUAACAAGCUGCACAUGCAGAAGGUGUCGGACUUCGUGUUGUCACCUGGAGGUCAGCCCAGUAAGGUCUCCGUCUACGUCCCGGGCAGUAAAGGAGCGCCCUCGUUUGUGCGUCUGUACCAGUACCCGGUGUUGGGAGGUCCCACUGCCGCGCUCGCCAACAAGAGCUUCUUCAAGGCCGACAGAGUCAGCAUGCAGUGGAACAAGAAAGCUUCUGCAGUUCUGGUGACGGCGAGCACUGAGGUGGAUAAAACCGGAGCGUCGUAUUAUGGAGAGCAGACGCUUCAUUACCUCGCUGUGAACGGAGAGACGGCUCUGGUCCAACUGCCGAAGAAUGGUCCGAUCUACGACGUGGCGUGGAGUCCAAACUCGACAGAGUUCUGCGUGGUGUAUGGCUUCAUGCCGGCCAAGGCCACCGUCUACAACCUCAAGUGUGACCCCGUGUUCGACUUUGGAACCGGACCACGAAAUGCUGCCUACUACAGUCCUCAAGGUCACAUUCUGGUCCUGGCCGGCUUCGGGAACCUGCGGGGUCAGAUGGAGGUCUGGGACGUGAAGAAGUACAAACAGGUGUCCAAACCUCAGGCGCCAGACGCCACACAUUUCUCCUGGUGUCCUGAUGGUGAACACGUUGUCACGGCGACGUGUUCUCCGCGGCUGCGGGUCAGUAACGGUUACAAGAUCUGGCACUACACCGGCUCCGUGCUGCACAAGUGGGACGUGGCCGCUGGUACGGAGCUGUGGGAGGUCCGCUGGCAGGCGUUCCCUGAGGGCAGCUUCCCAGAGCGUGCCAUCAAAUACCAGGCAGCACCCAGCGAGCUGGGGACCACACAGGCCCCGCCCACACAGGCGUACCGCCCACCUGCACUGAGACACCUACCGGCCACGCCCAGCGCCAAACUGCACGAGGAGGAGCCUCCUCAGAACCAGCGCCCAGCAGAGAAGAGUCUGUCUAAAUCAGCUCUGAAGAACCAGAAGAAACGAGAAGCCAAGAAAGCCGCCAAACAGGAGGCCAAGGCUGAACCUGAACCUCCAUCUGACCCGGCCCCCGUCAGCAACAGCCAAUCAGAGCUGGGCAGCGGCGACCCGGAGACUGACAAGAAGAUCAAGAACUUAAAGAAGAAACUGAAGGCGAUCGAAGAGCUGAAGGAUCAGCAGGCGUCUGGAAAAGUUCUGCAGAAGAACCAGCUGGAGAAGGUGCAGAAGGAGGAGCAGCUGCUGAAGGAGCUGCAGGAGUUGCAGAUCGGACAGUAGGCGGCACCGGAGGAGCUACAGGCCACGACCCCACACUCCACCACACAUGCACACACACGGGCUUGGUCAGGGGGUGGGGCUUGAAGUGAGGAGGUGUGAUUGACAUGAUGACUGACACCUCCACAUGUUGUGAUUUGAUUGGUUCAGGUUCAUUUGAAAGCAUUUACUCAUUGGUGUGUGUGUGUGUGUGUGUGUGUGUGUGUGUGUGUGUGUGUGUGUGUGUGUGAGAGAAGCCCUGUUGCUAUGCAACAUGUGUACAGAUGUUGAAGCCUCUGACAGUGUUCUUUC